AUGUCACCUUCACCUUGGCAAGACUACAUGAGACCGACCGUACCAGCACCAGAAGCGAACAAUGCUUUUAAAAAAAAAUCUACAGGAAUUCCGUACACAAAGCAAGGCUUGCGCUUAGCCAAUCUCUCCCUAUUCCACCUGUCAAGAAAACCAGCUGGAAGAUUGGAAUCAGUGGGCGUCAUCAGCCCCAUAUCUCGAAGAGCAUUUCAUCUACUUGAACUGGAGCAAUCUGGUGGGUCUAAUCCCUUGUAG